AUGUUUCUUCAUUUCGUCGGCUUUUGGAUGGUGCUUGGCGUCUGUCUUUUCCACGUUCAAUCGCAAGAUAACACAACUGUUGCAAGAAACACCACAGUGGCAAGAAACACUACGAAACUUGUGAUGGUGCGUCCACUGCACAAGAAGGAGGAUGAAAAGAAGGAUAUGAUGCACAUCGUCAUACAUAAAAUACUCCCGGGGGAUCCGUACUACAAAGUGUUCGAUGGAGACCAAGCCAAAGCACGACGCUACACCAACAAGAUCUGGCAACGUCUCCUGGAUCGUUACAAUACCAUGCUGAUAUAA